AUGGUAGGCAAUCUCGAAAAGAUACUUCAGGGUUAUUUACCACAAGAUCAUAAGUUUGAGAUCUUGCAUUUGCAAAACACACCUACACAGGUACGUCCAAUUGUAACCUUACCGAAGAAGAAUUGCCAUACUAAAUCACAGGAUGUAACAAUAAAGACUCCUCAUUUUUUUGCAUUGGCUAAUAAUAGUAAAUUUAUUUAUGGUAUUGAGAUCCACGUUUAUAUUAUACUAAAGAACAACAACAACAAUAAUAAUGACACUGUGAAUGAGAAGAAUCCAUCUUAUGAUGAUGCUGAGAGGUUAAUAUUUAUAUCCAAAGCAGAUACGAAUGGUUAUAGUGACAUUAAAUUUAGCGCAAAACAAAUAACAAAAGGGAUUAUUCAUUAUUUAUUUUCAAUUGAUCCAAAUCAUUAUUUGAAACAAGUUGUACCACUUGAAAGGAAAUAUGAACAAUCUUUUUCAAAAAUUUUUAUUACAAAAGAGACUAGUCUAGAGAAUGCCUUACAGAUUUUAUCAAAUCGUUCUCAUCAGAAAGAAAAAUCCCAAGCUGUAAGGAAAAAAAUGCUUCAAUCUCAUCAACACUAUCUCUCUUUUAAACUCGCUAAUAAGAUAAGAACUAAACUAUGUCUAUUCACAAGGCCUGCAGAUCAAUAUUUAUUUGCAGAAUCAUCGAAAAAUCCAAAUAAACACACCUUAAGUGGUAUGGGGUUGUUAAAGUGGUGGCUAUCAAUCAUUGACGAUUUAUUAUGUGAAGAUUUCACUAAAGAUAGUGAAGGGAAGCUACGAAUACCCGGUGAAGAAUCUAUUAUUGUAAAAAGAUGUUUCAAACCAAAUAAUUUUUCUAAUUGGACUGUAGGUGACAUUUUUGGAGGUAAACCAAAUUCAUUAGCUAUUUUCAGUGUACCACUCUUUUCAGAUGAUCCUAAAUCUAGAUUUUUACAUGAGCUUGUCGAAGAAGCUAGAGUUAUGAAGACAAACUUAGAAACAUUUUGGAUGGAAUUACAAGAGAGACAAGAGUUUAAAUUAAGUGAGACUGUAUCUGUUAUAGGUAUAUCUGGUUAUACAGCUAUUUCAACAGCUGUUAUUCCAACGGAAUUUGAUACUAUAAUUACAGACUCAAAGAAACAAUAUCGAUACAUUAAGAAUUACAUUACUGGAGAGGAAUAUAAUGCUGAAGAAGGUGCACUAGAAUCUUACGUAAAUAUCGUGGAUUAUUUACGCUAUAAAUAUAAUAGGUCACUCACAUCGAUUGUAGGAACCAUGCCGAAAAAUUUAAAGGUGAAGGAACCAGUCAACACUCCACAAAUUACAACUUUACAACCAAGGAAGAAAAUUAAAAUAUGA